AUGGAUCCCAUGACUUCGUCCGCAGGAUCGCGCACACCAGGACCUCUGCGCGUAACUCCUCAUAGCCGGUUAUCCCAGAAAUCAUGCCAUGGAUUGGCAGACUCGAAAUAUGACAUGGUGGCUCCUCGGAUCGGGUCGCGGAAUUUGGAUCCAUGGGUGGGAUUGGGGAUGAACCAGUUCCCGGGACCGAGUUUGCUAAACGAAGACGACGAAUCGAUCGCCUAUUAUGCGCUUCCGCCACCCUCCUACCAUGAUGCCGUACACGAUCUUCCCCCAGAAUACUGCUCCGCUCUUGCACCGUUAGCCCAGCAGAAAUGCCUCGUCCAUAACUCCGCUCCCUCGAGACUCUCGAAGCCCAAAUCCGCGUUCAAUGUCGACUUCAAAUCGCCCUCCGCAAUUCGCGAACACAAGGGCGGCAAAAAGACCAAGAAGAAACCAGUCCAAUACUCCGCACCGCAGGAAACACCACCGCCGAACGAACAACCUCCCCCGGACAAUGGGAAAGGCGGCGGUGAGGCAGGUGGUGCGGGCGAUGGAAACGGAGACGACGGCGCAGGCGGUGGUGGAGGGGGAGGCGACGAUGACGAUGAAUUGGGCUUGACUGCAACCGCUGGGAAGAAGAACAAGAAGAAAAAGAAAGAGGAAGAAGAGCGCUUGAGGAAGGAGGAGGAAGAGCGGCAAGCGAAAGAGGAGGAGGAAAGAAAAGCCAAGGAGGAGGAAGAGAGGAAAGCAGCAGAAGAGGCCGCCGCUGGGAAGAAGAAAAAGAAGGGCAAGGUAACUACGCUGGCUGAACCUGAACAACCUCCAGAUUCGUUCCAGGAUGUCAAUCUGAACGAGCCCCCGCCGCAGCGUGAGGCCGGUUCGGACGCUCCUGCGACACAAUCAAAAGGUUUCAGUCUUGGUGGUUGGGCUGGUAGUUGGCUUACUGGCAGGAGCUCGAAAGAAGACAGCAACAGCAACCACUGGUCCUCCGGCGCCGAAAACGACACCCCGAAGAGGACGCCAGGGGGUUUUGAUUUCGGCAACCUCGAACAACCUGCAGUUGCUACAAACAAUGCUCCGGAAAUGAAACAAACCGAAGAGGAUGACUGGGGCGCCUUUGUCACGACGAAGAAGGAUAAGAAGAAGAAGAAGAAAGACAUCAUCGUGGAAGAGCCCUCAAAAGAACAAGAACCCGAGCCUGAACCGGAGCCUGCUCCUCCAGCUCCAGAGCCAGAGCCAGAGCCUGCUCCCGAAGUGCCACCCGCAGAGGAGGAAGAGCCCGAGGAUAACUCAUGGGGCUGGGGUCUUGGGUUGUUGAAAAAGGACAAGAAGAAGACGAAGAGGGAAUCCAAGAUGGAGGUGCCUCCGCCCGCACCAGAACCUAUCCCCGAAGAACCUACCGAAGAGAACGCUGAGAAGGUCGACGCUUGGGAUCCACCGGUUAAGAAAGAGAAGAAGAAAACGAGUCCUCUUGAUAUCCUACUUGGUGCAACAUCCUCGUCUGCAUUAAAUCGUCCACUGGCACCCAAGGUUGCUGGCCCGGACGACGAUUGGUCGAGCGCUUGGACUUCGUCAAGUAAUCAGAAAGUUGGCAUGAGGGGGGUUACGAGGGGUUUUGUUAUCGAUGAACAUCCGACUUUUGAGGAGCCUCCACCGGCACCCGAACCCCCACCAGCGGUGCAGGAAGAAAAUGAUGGCUGGUCAGCAUGGGAUCCUCCUAAGGAGAAAAGGAAGAAAAAGAGCAGAUUCGAGCCAGAUCUCGAACCUGAACCGGAAGAACCUGCUCCUGAACCAGAGCCCGAGCCAGAACCUGAACCGCCAGCGCCUACGUUACCGGAUGAUCCUCUUUACGACAACUGGGACAAUCUAUCUAGCAAGGAUAGGAAGCGACGUGAGAAAUCACUAAAGCGAAGAGGUCUUCCGAUUCCUGGUAUAGAUUUCGAAUGGCCACCACCUGUGCCCGUACCUCCGGAGGCACCUGAGCCAGAACCAGAACCAGAGCCCGAGCCCGAGCCCGAGCCUGAACCAGCACCUGAACCAGAACCGGAGCCGGAGCCGGGGCUAAAGUCAGCACCCAUAUUACCUGACGACCCCCUCUAUGAUAACUGGGAUGAUUUAUCCAGCAAGGAUAAGAAGCGGCGCGAAAAGUCACUAAAGAGAAGAGGUCUCCCAGUCCCUGGAAUUGACUUUGAAUGGCCACCACCCCCUCCUCCUCCAGCGGAACCUGAGCCAGAGCCUGUCCUUGAACCGGAACCUGAUCCCGAACCUGUGCCUGAGCCAGAGCCGGAACCAGAAUCAGAACCAGCGCCCACAUUGCCAGACAACCCUCUUUAUGGCAACUGGGACAAUCUCUCAGAUUAUGAUAAGAGGCGGCGUGAAAAGGUGAUGAAGAGGAAAGGCCUCCCAAUACCAGGUGUGGAUUUUGAAUGGCCACGGCCUCCUCCAGCAGAGCCUCAACCUGAACCUGAGCUUGAGCCCCAGCCCGAGCCAGCACCAGAAGCAGAACAAGCGCCAGCACCUUCAUUGCCAGAUAAUCCUCUCUAUGAUAACUGGGACAAUCUCUCGAGUUAUGAUAAGAGGAAGCGUGAAAAGGUGAUGAAAAGGAUAGGCCUCCCGAUACCAGGAAUUGACUUUGAAUGGCCACCACCGCCUCCUCCAGCAGAGCCUGAGCCCGAGCCUGAGGCGGAGCCAGAACCAGCACCAGCGCCCACAUUGCCAGACAACCCUCUUUAUGAUAACUGGGAUAACCUCACAAGUUAUGACAAGAAGAGGCGUGAAAAGGUUAUGCAGAGGAAAGGCCUCCCAGUGCCAGGAGUAGAUUUUGAGUGGCCGCCCGCUCCCCCAGCAGAACCUGAGCCAGAGCCAAAGCCUCCAGCGCCCACUUUGCCAGAUGAUCCUCUCUAUGAUAACUGGGAUAGCCUCAUGAGUACUGACAAGAGAAGGCGUGAGAGGUUGCUGAAAAAGAGGGGUCUCCCCGUCCCUGGAAUAGACUUCAAGUGGCCACCACCUCCAGCGGAACCUGAGCCUCAGCCCGAGCCCGAACCCGAACCUGGACCCCCAGCACCAACUUUACCUGAUGAUCCUCUCUACAAUGGUUGGGAUAACCUCAUGAGUACUGACAAGAGAAGGCGCGAGAGGCUACUGAAGAAGAGAGGUCUUCCAGUCCCUGGGGUAGAUUUUGAGUGGCCGCCACCUGCUCCAGCAGAACCUGAGCCUGAGCCCGAGCCCAAGCCCGAGCCCAAGCCCGAGCCUCCAGCACCGACUUUGCCAGACAAUCCUCUCUAUGAUAAUUGGGAUGAUCUCUCAAGUAUUGACAAGAGGAGGCGUGAGAGGUCGCUGAAGAAGAGAGGUCUUCCAAUUCCUGGAGUUGAUUUUCAGUGGCCGCCUGUUGAACCUCUAACGGAACCUGAACCUGAACCACCCGCGGAACCAGAACAGGAAUCUCCCGAGCAUGAGCAACCCGCCGCCGACGAUUGGGGUCUUUGGGCUGUUCCCCAGGAAAAGAAGGAGAGCAGGAACGGCAAAUACGCAGAGCAGCCUCCACCUCCCGCGCCUACUCCACCCUCUCUGGGUCUGUUCGGAGAUCCUGAACCUAUUCCCGAGCAUCAUCUAGGUGAUCCGUACUACGACGAAUGGAAUACUCCUUCGAAGCCGCCGAAGAAGACGGAGGAGUCUUCCAAAUCAAAUGGCCCAAAAGGGUUCUGGGCGACGCUUAGUGCUGCAGCUAUGGGCAUUAAGAAUUCUACGACUCCCGAGAAAAAAGACGGGACGCCAACCAUUCCAGAGGAACCGGAGGAGGAGGAGCAGAAUGAGCCGAAACCUGCUGAAGAACCGCUCAUUGACGUUGGCGAUGAGCCGCCAGCAGAGCCAGCUGAACCUGUCGAACCUGAGCCUGAGGCGCCUCCCGCGCCUGCUGCAGACGAGGUAGACGCGCCAGCCGCCCCGCCAACGCCAACGAAGAUCCCCGUAAGGUCCAAAUCAUCGGGGAAGACGUCUCUUCUAAAGACGUUGGAAAAGGCCAGGAAGGAGAAGAUAAAGGAGAAAACGCCAACUAAAUCCAAGUCGAGAAUACCUGAGCUGUCUAAGAAAGUCAAGGCGGCGGAGCGAGAUUCGGUGCCCGGAGGAUUUCCGGACGCCUUUGAUGAUAACCUCGAAGCGCCACCCCCUGAUCCGGAACCCACGCCAGAGCCAGAACACGGGGCGGACCCACCGCAGGACCCACAAACAGAACCAACUCCAUCGCACGCGCCGCCGCCAACUACAUUGUUGUCCAACACCGACAAGAAAAAGAAAAAGAAGGACAAGAUAGUCGAAACUGUUCCUGAGGCGCCUCCUGAGCCGGAGCCGGAACCACCUGCUGAACCUGAGCCAGAACCAGAGCCAGAGCCGGAGUCGGAGUCGGAGCCGGAACCCAUCAUAUCUUGGCCGCUGUUCUCAUCAAAGCCGAAGAAGACUAAGAAGAAGAAAGCAGUUGAGCCUGAGCCUGAGCCUGAGCCUGAGCCUGAGCCUGAACCAAAACUGGAACCAGGAUCAGUGCCAGCACCCACUUUGCCAGAUAAUCCUCUCUAUGAUAAUUGGGAUAACCUCUCAAGUAUUGACAAGAGGAGGCGUGAGAGGUCGCUGAAGAAGAGAGGUCUUCCAAUUCCUGGAGUUGAUUUUGAGUGGCCACCACCUCCAGUGGAGCCUGAACUAGAGCCCCCUGCACCAGAGCCGGAGCCAGAACCGGAGCCAGAACCUGAACCUGAGGAGCCAGAGCCAGAGCCGGAACCCAUCUUAUCCUGGCCGCUGUUCUCAUCAAAGCCAAAGAAGACCAAGAAGUCCAAACCAGUUGAGCCGGAACCAGAACCCGCUCCUGUGCCAGAACCCGAACCUCCUGCUGAACCAGAACCGGAGCCAGAACCUGAGCCUGAGCCUGCUCCCCCGCCAAAACGAAAGUCUAAGACUGUUAAGCCUGAUCCUUGGUCGGUUCUGUUGACGAAAACGGAGAAAAAGAAAAAGAAAAAGUCCCAACCUGCUCCUGAACCCCCUCCGCCUCCCCCAGAGCCUGAGCCUGAGCCGAAGCCGGAGCCUGAGCCAGAGCCAGAGCCAGAGCCAGAACCUGCUCCCGAGCCAGAACCGGAGUCAGAAUCUGAGGAAGAGCCAAUCAUCACCUGGCCAUUCUUCGUGUCAAAGGGUAAAAAGAAGAAGCCCAAGCCUGCUGAACCGGAACCGGAGCCUAAACCGGAGCCUGAGCUUGAGUCCCAACCUGAAUCAGAGUCCAAGUCGUUAGGAGAAGAACCAGAACCGGAGCCUGAACCUGAGCCCGAGCCCAAGUCUGAGUCAGAGCCAGAACCCAUUAUCUCUUGGCCCUUCUUUAUGGGAAGGAGCAAGAAGAAAGCACCCAAACCUGCAGAAUCUGAACCGGAGCCUGAGCCUGAACCCGCACCUGAUCCAGAACCAGAGCCGCAGCCAGAACCAGAGCCAAUUCAAACGAAGGCGGAAAGGAAGAAGAAGCAGAAGGCUAGGGCUGUUGAACCAGAGCCCGAACCAGAGCCAGAGCCAGUUCCUCUGACAAAGGCAGAGAGGAAGAAAAAGAAGAAGUCCAAGUUCGCCGAGCCAGAACCUGAACCCUCUCCUGAUCCAGAGCCCGAGCUUAAACCUGAGCCUGAACCAGAACCGAAGCCAAAGGUAGAAAAGAAGAAAAGGGGAUCCAGGAUCGUUGAACCUCCUGAGCUUGAACCCGAACCGGAGCCAGAGGCAGAGCCAGAACAAGUUUCUGAGUCAAGUUCCGAAUCGGAACAGGAGCCAGAGCCCGAACCUGAACCGGAGCCUGAAUCAGAACCCGAGCCCGAGCCUGAGAAACCUGCGAAGAGGAGCAAGAGAAGCAAGAAGACUGCAACGGUCAGGGAGCCACCAGCGGAGGACACUCAACCCUCAGAGGAACCGGAAGUCGAACACAGGGCUCCUCCAACACCCCCGCCUGAGCCCGAGCCCGAAAAGCGAAAGAAAAAGCAGCGAGCUCGUAUUGAGCAACCCGAUGCCAAGCCAAGUCGUCGAGAUUCUAAGUAUCGAGACGCAGAGACCCCAAGGCGAUCGAAAUCCAACAGGCACUCCAAAUCACGCGGACUCGAAAACGAGGGCAAGAUGUCAUCUGGAUCUGAAAUUGAGCAAGAAGAACGGGAGCGGCAGGAACGAAGAGAAAGACAUCGAGAAACUAAGCAGAACAAGGAAAUGGGUUUUUCGAACGUCUUUCUCCGCGAGCGGCCGCAGUCCUUUGGCCGGUCGAAAUCGUACAGACGGCAUGAGUCUAGGCGUCCGUCUCUGGAGCUCGAUGAGCCUAGAAUACCUUCACCGCCGCCAGAGGAUCGACCAAUGGUCUCUGAUAAGGUGGCCAGAAUGAUGGGUCUGGGUGGUGAUGCGAACGGUGGCAUUGAUGGUCGCUCGAAGUCGCGAAAGGACAAGCAUGCAUCUAAGAGAAGAUCUAGGGCUCAUUCGUAUGGCAAUAGGGAUGACGAUAUGGUCAUCGUGAAUGAAGAAGAUGCCGAGGGUCCGUCGCCGAGAGAUUCAAGAGAAUCAAGGAACCCGAAAAGGCGACAUAGUAGAAAGUCAAAACCUCGGCCCGAUGAUCCUCCUGACGACGUUGCUAUGGGUGAUGCGGAUCAGGGCCCGGAAGUGGUUUCAGGACCUGACGACAUCGCCUUUGUCGAACCACCACCCCGUGAACGACGCCUCAAACGCUCCAACACUGUGCCAAAGAAAGAGGGUCUCAUGGGAUUUUUCCAAUCGGUUAAACAAAAGGCGACCCGUCAGGAAGUGCCGGACCGGCGCAAGUCCCGUCACUACCAUCGCGAUGAGGACAAGUACGCGACGGAUCCUGAACGGGACGAUCGACGCCGGCGACGGGACGAUAGAAGGAAACGCCAUGCGAGGGAAGAUACUGAUGCUGAGGGUUUCGCCACUGAACGUAUUCCUGGAGACUUCCCAGAUCCGGAGGCGGAAGAAGCGGAGGCUAGACGAGCGGCUCGCAGAGCACGUCGUGCUUCGCGCUAUGGAGCUCCUGACGAUAUGGAGGCUCGCGACGCUGAAGAGAGACGGGCUAGGCGAAAGGAAAAAGAAAGAGCUGCUCGUGACGCACACGAAAGACAACUUCGAGAAGAGGAGGAAGAGGAAAGACGUCGGGAGGAGAAGAGAGCUCGUCGAGCUGCGCGCGAGGAGCGUCGAGCCCGCGAAGAAGAUGGGGCCCGAGAAGCUGAAGAGCGCGCCGAAGCGAAAGCAGCAGAACGACGCGAACGACGUCGCAUGAAGGACGAGAAGAUGACAAAUGGAAUGUCAAGACACGGCACGAAAUCAAGACGCCAUCGCUCGCGUGCCGGAGACAGAGUCCCUGACGAACUUCCUCCCGAGGAAUACCAGUACCACACUGAACCUGAACUUCAACCUCGCCAUUACCGCUCCCAUCGCUCUGUCGAUGAAGGUGCCAAGAGACGGAGUCGUCACAGGUCUCGUGGCCCAGAGCCCCCUAAUGACCCGCCGCCAAUGAUGUCUGGAGGGAAGAGAGAAAAGAUCUCAUCCUGGGUCCAUUCCCAAGCCGAUGAUCCGCCAGAGCCGCCACCGGUCGUGCCAACCUUAGUCGACGUUCCGCCCCCGCCAGACGAGCCACUGAACACGCACUCGAUCUCAUCAGACGAGGAAGCACGCCGUGACUUGCGUCGACGGGCACGAAGACGCGCGCGUCAUCCAGAUCAUGAAAUCGAAGAGAGGCGCCCGAGGAGGCGCGAUGAGCCUCACCCCGAACAUGAACGGAAGAGUAGCUCCGGAAGUGGUGAUCAGCAUGGUGCGCAGGCUGGUAUUGGUAGAAUCAUGCCCGGUUGGUUGAAGAGGUUUACUGUGGGAUAG